CAUCAUCAUCAACACUGUGAUAAUUAUCUUUACCCAGAAAAGAAAAAACAGUUACUCAAACGUUCAUUCAAAAUUCAACCAGCCUUACUAAAGUAGCAGUUGAAAACUCCAAUAUUUCUUCAUUUGGCCUUGCAUGGCCUAAAAAAACUGCUACUAUCUUUAUACAAUAUCAGUAGUAGCAGUAGCACAAGUUGCAGAACAAGAUUUAACUCUCUCUUUUUUGUUUAUUCCAUUUAUGGGAGAAACAAAACCAAAGAUCUCAAAAAAAAGUUAACCCAAAAAUGAUGAUACUGUUUAAAAAAUGUUCAAAAUUUAUUUCUUCAGAUCUUGAUUGGAAACUUUUACUCUUAAUCCUCCCACCACUUUCUUUCCUUUUUUACAUUUCACUUUCUUCCAUUACCACCAUAGCCACUCACACUUUCACUUUUAACCCUCUCAACUCUCUUUUUAACAACAAUACCCCUCCCUCUGUUCCUCCACCACCGGUUUUUACGAAUCAAUCUGAGCCGUUGAUUUCGCCGGUUUAUUUGAAUAGAUCAGUUACUAAAAACGAGUUAGAUCGGUCUAGAAUUGCUGUAUGUAUAGUAGGUGGGGCCCGUAGGUUUGAACUAACUGGUCCUUCAAUUAUACAGAAAAUAUUAAAAGAGUACCCAAAUUCUGAUCUUUAUCUUCAUAGCCCAUUAGAUUCUAAUGCUUAUAAACUUUCAUUGUUAAAAGCUGCUCCAAGAAUUUGUGGUAUUAAAAUUUUUAAGCCUAAAAAUAUUAAAACGACUGAGUUUCAGGUUCGAGUUCUUAGUGCUCGUGGCUCACCUAACGGUAUACAGGGCCUGGUGCAAUAUUUCAACCUGGUUGAGGGCUGCUUGACGAUGAUUCAAGCCUACCAACGCAAGAACAACUUCACUUAUGACUGGAUAAUCCGUACCCGAGUUGAUGGCUACUGGAACGCCCCACUAUCACCCAACGACUUCAUUCCGGGUGCCUACCUAGUCCCUUCUGGUUCAUCCUACGGUGGGUUAAAUGACCGCUUUGGCCUCGGCGACUACAACACUUCCGUAGUUGCUCUUUCUCGCCUCUCUUUAAUUCCCGAGCUGGAUACAGCUGGCUACCAACUCCUCAACUCCGAAAGUGCAUUCAAGGCCCAACUAACUAUCCACAGAGUUCCCCACAUCACUAAACGCCUCCCGUUUUGUGUUGUAUCAGAUCGUAGCUAUGAUUUUCCACCACCCCAUUUUGGUGUUCCGGUAGCAGCGCUGUCUAGUCCAGGCCCAUUAAGUGGGGCAAAGUGCCGGCCUUGCACGCCUUCAUGUACUGACCACUGCGUUGGGCUCGUGAUGAAUAAAUUAUACAAAGGAUGGAGCUGGACAGAUUGGACCAAUAAUACCCUUCAGCUCUGUGAUGCUCAUGCCGGGUGGGAGGGCGGGUGGCAGAAAAUAUUUGAUGACGUAGCAGGUAAUAAACUGGCUGCAGCGAGACAACGAGUUGAAGAACUAAAAAUAGAGCAGUGUGUGAAAGAUUUUGCGGAAAUGAUGAAGAAGACUGCUUACUGGGAGGCUCCUCCAGUGUCUCAAAUUUGUCGAUCGGGUUUAUCAAAGUCUGUUUAAAUUCAAAGCAAAUCCAUUAUAGUAUAGGUUACUAUGUAUAGUUUUCUAGCCUUCCAAGCAGUUUUUUCUACAUUACAGGUUUUUUAUUCAUUUUUCCUUCUUCAGGAAACAACAAGAGUCAUAGAAAUUACCUUAGAUGUUUUUGUAGACGACGCAGGUUUUCUUGGAUAUCUCAUGGAUACUAUUGCUUAGCUUUGCUGAGAGAGAAAUGGAGAAAAGAUUCAGUUUUGA